AUGAACAAGACUUUGUUCUUGCGUAUUGUGCAUAGACUCUCCCAAGAAGUUGAGUAUUUCCAACCAAGAGAAGAUGCAGCAAUUCGACAAUUGGCGUAUGGUGGUGGGGCUGAUACCGUUGACGAAUAUGUCCGACUAGGUGAAACAACAGCUAGAAUAUGUUUGCACCAUUUUACCGCCGGAAUCAUCCAACUUUUUGGCGAUGAAUACCUAAGACGUCCCACACCGGAGGAUCUGCAAAGACUACUAUAUAUUGGAGAACAACUUGGAUUCCCAGGGAUGGUUAGAAGCAUCGACUGUAUGCAUUGGGAGUGGAAGAAUUGCCCAGCAUCUUGGAAAGGAAUGUAUUCACGAGGAACCGGAAAACCAACAAUUGUGUUGGAGGCGGUAGCUUCAUACGACCUAUGGAUAUGGCACGCGUUUUUUGGAGCUCCAGAUACUAUGAACGAUCUUAACAUUCUUGAUCGAUCACCUGUUUUUGAUGACAUUAUUAACGGAGUAGCCCCACAAGUAAACUUCUAUGUAAAUGGUAACCCGUACCAUUUGGCAUAUUAUCUCACGGAUGGCAUUUAUCCGAACUAG